UAUGCUCCAGGCUGAAUCGGAGAAGCUAAGACAGGCUUGGAUUCAGGCAGUUCAAGCCAGCAUUGCUUCAGCCUACAGAGAGAGUCCAGACUCCUAUUACAUAGAGCACCUGGACAGAACUGCGUCACCGUCCACCAGUAGUAUUGACUCAGCCAGUGAGACACGGGACCGCAGCGCCCGGAGUGAGACCAUCCUGCAGAGGAUUCAGAGUCUCCCAGGGAACGAGCAGUGCUGUGACUGCGGCCAGGCCGACCCACGCUGGGCCUCCAUCAACCUGGGCAUCCUGCUGUGCAUCGAGUGUUCAGGCAUCCACAGGUAGAGAGU